AUGUCUUCUUCAAGCACACUCAACUCCUCGCCAGCCUUAAUAUUUCUACAUUUUUGGAGUGGUUCCUCUAGCACCUAUGCUCCUCUCAUCACUCCACUCUGCUCCAACCACUACUUCCUAGCUCUUGAUUUCCGAGGCUGGUGUUCCUCCACUGGCCCACAAGAUCCAGAUGCGUAUCACAUCAAGGAUCUCUCCAACGAUAUCUUCACUCUCAUUCCCGAGUUUCUCUCACCAAAUCACCCAUUCAUUCUUAUCGGCCACUCAAUGGGUGGAAAGGUUGCUAUGCAUCUCUCUUCUACCAUCGAAUCACUUUCUCCUACAAAUUCGUUUCCAAGACUCCAAGCCCUCAUACUUCUUGCGCCUGCUCCUCCUACGCCUCUGAUUCUUCUUGAAGAAAUGACAAAGCAGCAGUUGACAGCCUAUGAUAGGCUACUACUUUCGUCGUUGCUCAUGUUCUGUCCUCUUCACCUCUUUCUGAACAUGUGUUCAGUAGUUUAG